UAUUUAUAUUGCACAUUUCACAAAGUGCUUUACACCAAACAUUAAAAUCAUCGAGACAAAAGAAAGACAUAACUUAACUUCAUCAAAGAGCCAAGAGAAUAGAAAUGAAAACAAACUCAAAUAAGAGCUGCACAUCACACGAACACGUCUGGCGUCACCUCGUCGUUCUUGCUGACGCUCGUUGUUCCCACAGCUGCGUCUGGACGAGACUCAGGAGGCGGAAGUACCAGGUGCUGAGGAUGCAGCUGCAGCAGGAGCUGGAGCUGCUCAACGCCUACCAGAGCAAGAUCAAGAUCCACACCGACACGCAGCACGAGCGGGAGGUGAAGGACCUGGAGCAGAGGGUGUCCAUCCGCCGGGCGCUGCUCGAGCAGCGGAUCGAGGAGGAGAUGCUCUCUCUGCAGAACGAGCGUUCGGAGCGUAUCCGGACUUUGCUGGAGCGCCAGGCUCACGAGAUCGAGGCCUUCGACUCUGAGAGCAUGCGCCUCGGCUUCAGCAACAUGGCGCUCAGCGGUAUCCCUGCAGAGGCCUUCAACCAGGGCUACCCGACCCCCAGCCCCUCCUCGGGCUCCAGCGGCUGGCCCUCCCGGCCCGUCCCGCGCUCGGGCAGCCACUGGAGCCACAGCGUGCAGAACUCGGUGGCGACUCCGUCCUGGCGCAGUCAGAACCACGGCGGCGGAGGAUUCAGCCGCGCCGAGUCCAUCACCUCGUCCCACGGACUCGGCAGGGACAGCGAGUUGUACAAGAGCGGCAGCAGAGCUCACCCCCCCUCCUCCUCCUCCCACUCCUCCCACCCCUCCCACUCCUCACACUCCUCACACCCCUCCCACUCCUCACACCCCUCCCACUCUUCCCACCCCUCCCAUCACCACCACCAGCAGCAGCACUACCUCCCUCAGCACUACCAGCACCACCAGAGCACGCCGCAGCUUUACCGCGAAACCCACGACAGCAGGGAGCGCGAGCGGCCCCGGGAGUGGGUGGGAGGAGGCGGCCACUACCCGCACCACUCCCAGGUGCACCACCACCACCUCGCCACACAUGCCUCCUCCCAGUCUUUGGCUCUCCUGCCUCCCCCGCCGCCACCUCCCCCGAUCUCCCUCUCCUCCUCCUCCCCUCCCUCCUCCGCCUCCUCUUCGUCGUCGUCACAGGGAGGCUACGGAGGCGGCGGCGGCGGCGGCCUGAGCAUCAGGGGCCCGGGCCUGAUGGCGCUCAGGAACAGCCCCCAGCCUCUGAGGAGGACGGCCUCUGGGGGGCCGGGGGGCGGCGGGGGGGAGCGACGGCGGGCUCAGCCGGAGCACGUCGGUCACUUCUCACAUUUCUAACGGCUCGCACCUCUCUUACUCGUGAAGCGUCUCCGAUCCACCAACGAGAGUUUUAGGUUUUUAGCAUAUUUUAAGAGCAAAAUAAAUCGUAAUAAAACAAACGCCCCAAUUCUAAGUGUAAAUGUUAACGUCUCCUUUCUGGACGUGUGCAGAGACUCAAGUGUUCCUGAUGCACAAGAAAAGAAAGAGAGGACGCCUUUUUAUAUGAAGUCCCCGUUAACGUCUCCCGCAGUGUGACGAGCUGCACAGGAACAGAAACUAAACCCAAAACAUGAAACGCAGCGUGAAUAAUGAGCCAUGUGCUGCGAAAUGAACAAGUGGAACUGUGAGAUCUGACAAACACACAGAAUAACUCCAUUUGUUCAUUUUGCGCCACAUUGAAUCUGUCGCACAGUUCGGUCGGCGUGCAGCUUUAAACACGAGCAGUUUGAAUUCUGGUUCUCGGCGACGGUCGUGGAGCUUCCACUUUAAAAACCACUGUAACUAUGUAAAUAACAGUAAGUUGUAAACCCAGUUUUUUGUUUCAUACGUUCAGCGGGGUGGGGGGGGGUUCCUUGAAAACACAUUUCUUUUAUUUGUAGUAAUAAAUAAGAUUCUGUAAAUGACAACUUAAAGAAACACUGCCAUCUCUUUGUUGGGCUGACGCAAGACAACUCCACUGCCCUUUAAAGUCUCCGUGAAGGGGCGGUCCGACGCUUCUCACACCUGGAUAUUCUCUGAUAUAAAAAUGUAAAUUCACGAGAAAAACUUAAUUUAAGAGUAAAAAAAGGUAAUUAUUCUCUUUUUUAAAAAGCGGAUCCUUCUUGUAAAUCUGAAACUUUAUCAUCUCGGAGAUUUCCUCAGUUUCUUCUCACAAAUGCAGCAUUUUAAUCUCAGAAUAGUUAAAAAAGCAAAUAAGAAAGAAGUGUCGGACUGCUCCUUUAAAGGGACGCUGCCAGAGAGUAUUUUUGAGUGAGCCGAGCACUAAGUGCGUGUGCGUGUGCGUGCGUGCAGCUUACCUCCACCUGUUCUCCUUCAGUCUGCUCUGCAUCUGUAGAUACGAUGUUACAUUACAAAUUAAUUAGUACGACUACAGCGCAUGGAUCUUGUGUACAGGCGGCAUUUGUAUGGAUAACAUGCACACUACCUAUUUAUAUAGAUGCGUAUAAAUAAAUGUAAGAUACCUGCAAAUGUAGCAGGUAUAUACUGAAGAUUGUUCACUGUCCAAACACUUUGACUUGCAUUGUACUUAGCAGUGUACAUAAAGCACUAACUGAGACUGUGUUAGAGUAAUAAUAAUGAUUGUUGGUGUUGUGUUAGACAGAUAGACGCUAUCAUUAUUAUUAUCUCUCCUGCAGCUGUAAUAUUUAUGUUGUAUGCUAAUUUUAAAAGAUGUAAUUGCCAAUUUUAACCACUAGGUGGGGGAAUAAGCAAUGUUACUGUGAUAGAGCGAUACAAAAGACAACUAUUAAUGUUUCUAUGGAGGACUACCUUUCCCAGCAUUCCUGUGGAGCGCUACGGUUCUGGGCUGCGUUCCACUUCUUAUCUUUUGAGCCAGUAUUAAAAUGUGGAGCGUCCACAGUCGAGCUGAGUAAUAAUAAUUUCCAGAUUCAUUUGGUGCCAUGUGUUUAAUUUGUAUUGUUUUUCUUUUCCCCACAAAAGAAAAAACACUGUAACCUGCAAAGUGUUGGAUAUUAAAUCAUUUAAAUAGACAUUAUGACAUAAAUAGUGUAAAAUAUAUAAAUGAAUCAACAGUUUGUGAAGAACAUUAUUCAAACGCAGCUCAUUAUUAAGACGAUAAGGGAUGAGUUCAGGUUUUAAUUAUUGCUUUCACUCAUAUUUGUUCAUUCAUAUUUUUUAAAGUCUGUUUUUCAUUGUGUCAAAUAUAAAAAGGAAAUAUCAUUUGGACAAUAAGAUUUUUAACUCAAAAGUAAAUUCUCAUUUAAUUUUGGCAUUAUUAAGUUAUAUUUAAUGUCAAUUUAUUUCAUCACUACUGUUUUUAUUCAUGUUUUAUUUCAUAAUACUGUCAUUGAAGGUGACAUUAUGUAAUAAAUACACAUUUCUAAUAUGAAAACAAAAAUGAACGUAUAUCAAACAAGUGAUGAAACCUUAAUGUGCUCAUUGUUAAUUGUUAUGUUCAUUUAUUUACAGUUUUAUUUCAUAAAGCCGAAAUAAGAUUUCCUAUAAGUCUUGUGAAAGUAAUGGAUUUCUUAAUAGUGAGUUAAAUUUGAAUAAUUAAAAUGUAUUUCACACAUUUCUGUUGAUUUACACAUUUACUGAUGCGACUAUUUGUCCUUUAAUUGCUCAUUUAUCUGAUAUAAAACACUUUGUGCGGCUUUAUUAGCGGAACCUUUCCGAGGAACAGCUCGUCGUUUGUUUUGCACGGUGUGAAUGGGGAGAACAGUCAUCGCGUCACUUCCUGCAGCGUCACGACAGGCGGGAAAAGACCAGCUGACUUCCUGCCAACGCGUCACGUGGCGUGUGCAGGAGGAGACCCCGUGGGAUCUGACGCAGAGCGGAAGCUGGGAAAUGUUUUUAAAUGUCACGUGCUGGACUUUUAAUCCCACGUGGAGACACUAAGAGACGUCCAGGUGGUGAAAACAAACGUACCUGUGCAGAUGAGAAAUGUUUGAGAUUUCAUUUUGCCAACUUUUGUUUGUUUAUGCUUUUGUUUCGUGAAGAGUUUGAGUGCUGAUCAUUCCGGAGACACUGCACUCAGAGUAAAUGUCCAGCAGAGGGAACAGGUAGACUCACCUGUUUCUGUGUUGCGUUCACUGACAUCAGGAUUUCUGUGUUUUCAUCGCCUCAAAAUUAAAGGAACGUUUUUGGAGGUUUUCACGUUUGCUGUCAGAUGAUUGUCGGUUUAUUGUUGUCUGAAAGCUCUCCAACACAUGAACAUAUUCAGUUUAGAGCUGAAACAAUUCAACUGUUAGAUGAAUGUGGAGAGAGUAAAGUGACAACUGUUCUCAUUAUAGACUUUGUAUUUAAAGAAAAGCAAAACUCGUUGGUUCCAGCUUCUCAAAUGUGACAUUUUUGGACUUUUGGUCGAACAAAACCUCAAAAUAUUUUGUUAACUUUGAUAUUAAAGAAAGAAAAGCAGAAAUUCUCACAUUUAAGAAGCUGGAAACUGAAUGUGUUCAUGUUCUAAAUACAUUAUAAUCGCCGUCUUUCACUAUUUGAAGACAUUUCAUCAAGAAAGAUAUUCAGAUUAUUUUUUAACAUGAAACGGAGAAAAGAGGCAAAUUAACUUUAUUUUAUUAUAAAUUAAUUGCUGAUUUUUUAUUAACUAAUUAUUUCUGCUCUAAUUUAGUUGCCACUUUUGUUUUAUCACAUUUUGGUCGUUUGGCAUUGAAGCAAAUUCCAUCCAGAAUAAAAGUAAUAAACAAACACGGACCGUAAAGAUGCUGCUUGUUUCAGGCUGGUGGCAAACGAGCCACAUUUCCCAGAAUGCCGUGCUGUUAUUCCUUUAAUCAAUCAAUAGUUUAAUGUCCCAGUUCAUGUGGGUCCAUGUGUUUCCUGGUCCCCAUUAACUGACAGGAGGGAUGAAGACGAGUGUGAUGGAUUUAAAUCUUGUUUUUACAGCUGGAGGCGAGUUUAAGAUGUUCAGGUUCAAAAUGUUCAGAAAUGAGCUGUACAGAAACGCAACGAAAAUACUUUUGGAGAAAUAAAUGAACAAAAACAGAA